AUGUCAUCAACUUCACCUUCUUUACGAAAUAUUCAACGUCAACAUAGAGAACAAAAUUCUUCAAGUGGAAAAUUUCAUAUUUUCUUGUGUUUUACUGCUGCUAUAUUAUUAUUAUUUGGCACGCUAUAUAUGAUGCUGAGACGAUGUCGUGAAGUAAAAUCUGAAAUUACGAGACAACAGCAACAACAAGAAGAAAUACUAUUAAGAAAUGACGAACGACAGCAGCCAAUAGCACCUCCGGAAAGUCCACCUCCUCCCUAUGAAAAAGUAGUACAACCAUCUACGGAAAGAUAA